AUGGGAUCCGUUGAAGUACCUUCGCGGCACAAGGCCCUCAUCUACGACAACCCAGGUAGUAUCUCGACCAAGCUCGAGGAGAUUGAAACCCCCAAACCUGGCGUAAAUGAGGUGUUGAUCAACUUGACACAUUCAGGCGUCUGCCAUAGCGACAUGGGUGUCAUGACCAACUCCUGGGCGUGGCUUCCUGCUCCCACACAAAAAGGACAAGUCGGUGGACACGAAGGGGUGGGGACUGUAGCUGCCUUUGGAUCUGGCGCCGAGAGCUCUGGCCUCAAGAUCGGGGACCGUGUAGGCAUCAAGUGGAUGGCCUCCGCCUGUGGAAACUGCAUACCCUGCCUCGCUGGUGCCGAUGCAUGUUGUACCGCUGGCAAGAUCAGUGGCUACUACACUCCAGGAACAUUUCAGCAAUACGCCCUGGCACCCGCUCACUAUGUGACUCCUAUCCCGGAUGCUCUUCCCAGUGACGCAGCUGCUCCCAUGCUCUGUGGAGGUGUCACGGUUUACAGCGCCCUCGUCAAAUCCGGAGCAAGACCCGGCGACUGGGUCGUCAUUCCAGGUGCGGGAGGCGGAUUGGGACAUCUGGCACUGCAGAUUGGAGCCCGCGGAAUGGGUUUCCGCAUGAUCGGUAUCGAUAUGGGCGAGAAGGAAAAGCUCGUCAAGGAGUGUGGCGCCGAGGUCUUCUUUGAUCUGAGCAAAUACGGCCGGGAUGACGAAGGCACCAAGAAGCUGGUCGAGGAUGUCAAGGAGGCCACUGGAGGCGUCGGUGCCGCCGCUGUUGUAGUCUGCACCGCCAGCAAUGCCGCAUAUGCUCAAGGCUUGAGCUUCCUCAAGUUCAGAGGGACACUGGUUUGCGUCGGUGUCCCGGAAGGAGACGCGGUCCCCAUUGCGACUGCGGACCCCGCCAGCAUCCUGGCACUGGAGAAGCGUAUCGUGGGCAGUGCGGUUGGAAACAGAAAAGAUGCCAUUGAUACUCUGGAGAUGGCAGCUCGGGGUCUCGUGAAGACACAUUUCGAGACUCAACCUAUGAGCAAGUUAACAGAGGUGUUUGAGAGGAUGGACAAGGGGAAGUUGCAGGGACGAGUUGUCCUUGAUCUUAGCGGUUAG